GUUCAAUAAAGAAGCACGUCUGAUAGGCGUAGACUUCUUUCCCCGAGCCAGUCAUUAAUUUUCUGGCUCUAUAUCGGCCGUUUUUCGUGUUAGUGGUGUUAAAAAUAAGCAGCAGCCAUGGCGCUCAGCGAUGCAGAUGUUCAGAAACAGAUCAAGCACAUGAUGGCCUUCAUCGAACAAGAGGCCAACGAAAAGGCCGAAGAAAUCGAUGCGAAGGCCGAGGAGGAGUUCAACAUCGAAAAGGGCCGUCUUGUCCAGCAGCAACGUCUCAAGAUUAUGGAAUACUAUGAAAAGAAGGAGAAGCAGGUUGAACUUCAGAAGAAGAUCCAAUCUUCGAACAUGCUGAACCAAGCUCGUCUGAAGGUACUGAAAGUGCGUGAAGAUCACGUACGUAAUGUACUUGAUGAAGCUCGCAAGCGCCUGGCUGAAGUGCCAAAGGACACCAAACUGUACUCAGAGCUGCUGGUCACACUUAUUGUGCAGGCUCUCUUCCAGCUCAUGGAACCCACUGUCACCAUCCGCGUCCGUCAAACCGACAAGGCUCUGGUGGAGUCCUUGCUCGGAAAAGCUCAACAAGACUACAAGAAUAAGAUCAAGAAGGAUGUUGUGUUGAAAGUCGACACUGAGAACUUUUUGUCGCCCGACACCUGUGGUGGUAUCGAGCUGGUUGCAGCCAGGGGACGUAUCAAGAUCAGCAACACUCUGGAGUCUCGCUUGGAGCUGAUCGCCCAGCAGCUGCUGCCGGAGAUACGUAACGCCCUCUUCGGACGCAACCCUAACCGUAAAUUCACCGAUUAAUUCAACGGUGAACACGAACAAAGUUUGUUGUUACUAACAAUUUAUUUUAAAAAAAAGAAAAAUUCGUAUUUAUGUAGAACUAUGAUAAUGUUGAAAUAAGUGUUUUCUUUUCUUCCUUUGCCUAAUUAAUUAUAUCGUUAUGAUGAAGCGUACAAUUUUACCUGUUAGAAUGUUUACUGAUGUAUGUUCCCGUUGACCCUUCAUGAAAUGUGUAAUCGUGUGACCCUGAAUAUUUCUGAUUCCUGAGCAUUCCGAUGUGCCCAUUCUACUUUUAACUGUACGUUAGUUUCGCCUAUAAAAACAAUUUAUUCAUAAGUAUUUUAUUGGUGCAAUUCAUUCAAAUAAUGGAACGUUCAAUGUAAUUUAGAUAAUAUAGUUUAUAGGAUUUGGAAACGGUUUAAUUAAGAUGUUACCACAGUUAACUAAGUCGGGUUAUAAGUCUAAAAUUCAAAUCGUUAUUCGUUACAGUAAUUAACGUAUUGGCACCUUCGUCGUUCGUAUAUUAAAGCACGUCCACGAUUUGGCUUAGCAACGGUAGAUCUUUUUUUCUGUUCUACGUAUAAUAAUAUGAUUUUAAAUCUUCCAUUAAUGUUUCGAAAUAUCGGUGUAAAUGUAUCUUUAUCUUUAGUAGGCAGUGAUUGUUGUCUGUGAGAUUGGAAGCGGACUGCAGCAUCCCAUGUUAUGUUCACUCAAAUCGAAGCAAAGAUUUGGCUGGGCGUAAUGUGGAGUCUUGUUUCAGUCUCACAGUGAAACAAUCCAAGCCUGCUGUGCUUAAUGUUCUUGGCAGUGUAACGAUUCGACUUGCUUUUGGCUGAAAUUAAUCCAUAGAGCACUGUUAGCUCAUAUGAAAUUAAAAAUUUUAUUCCCGCAUAGCACUGUUACAAAUUCUAUGUAAAUAUAAAUAUGUGUUGAAA